AUGGAUGUCAAAACUGCCUUCUUGAAUAGUGUCCUAAAGGAAGAGGUCUAUGUUGAGCAGCCAAAGGGUUUUGAAGAUCCACAUCAUCCAAAUGAUGUGUUUCGGUUAAAAAAGGCUCUCUAUGGUUUGAAACAAGCUCCUAGAGCAUGGUAUGAGAGGUUAUCCUCUCAUCUUCUAGGAAAUGGGUAUGUUCGAGGGUCCGUUGAUAAAACAUUGUUUGUGAAAAGGUUUAAAAAGGAUGUCUUGAUUGCUCAAGUGUAUGUUGAUGAUAUUGUGGUUGGUUCUACCUCUGAUUUGCAUGUUCAAGAUUUUAUUCAUGUCAUGACUAGUGAAUUUGAAAUGAGUCUUGUCGGUGAGCUUAAUUAUUUCUUAGGUCUUCAAAUUAAACUUGUAUCCCAAUCUAAAUAUGCAAAAAAUCUUGUGACAAAAUUUGGUUUGGAAGGAGCCAAAUCUGCAAGAACUCCAAUGAGCACGAGUGCUAAGAUUCAUAGAGACUUGCAUGGCAAAAGUGUGGAUCAAACUCUCUAUAGAAGCAUGAUAGGAAGUCUUCUCUACUUGACUGCUAGUAGACCUGACAUUUCUUUUAGUGUUGGUGUGUGUGCUUGGUUUCAAAGUGACCCAAAAGAGUCUCACUUGUUUGCUGUUAAGAGAAUUAUAAAAUAUGUGAGUGGGACUAUUGAGUUUGGGUUGUGGUAUACCUAUGACACUUGUGUCAAUCUUGUUGGGUAUAGUGAUGCCGAUUGGGCAGGUUGUAGUGAUGAUAGGAAAAGCACUUCCGGGGGGGUUUCUAUGUAG